AUGCCACCUAAAACCAAAGGAAAGGGGAGAAAAGCGGGAGCACGGAAAAAGAAAAAGAACUCAAGUCCGGGUGCAGAGGCUGAGGCCAAGCACAGGCAGGUGCUGCUAGAGAAGGAGCUGCUUCAGGACCGCUUAGCUCUACAGAGGGAAGAAGUUCGCCGAGCCAAGGCUUCCGAAGACGGGCUGAAGCAGAGGUUACAAGGGCUGGCAGCUGAGCUGGAAAGGACCCAAAGUGAGGGGAAGGCCGUAUAUGCAGAGAUGAGCCGCCAGCGCCGCGCCCUGCAGGAGGAGCUGGGGACCCGGAACAAGCUGCUGGAGGAGGAGCUGAGAGGUCUGAGGGAGCAGCUGGAAAUAUGCCAAAGGGAGGCUAAGACGGCAAGGGAAGAGGCUGAGCAAGCCCUCAGAAAGCAAGAUGGAACCCUGGCUCAGCUUCGUGCCCACGUGGCAGACAUGGAGGCCAAAUAUGAGGAAAUCUUGCAUGACAACCUGGACUGUCUAUUGGCCAAGCUGAGAGUGGUCAGGCCUCAGUGGGAUGCAGCUGUGCUGAGACUGCACACCAGACACAAGGAGCAGCUCCGGCAAUUUGGUCUCAACCCCCUGGAUCUUUGA